CUCGGCAUCGAAAUCCUUUGUUGGGAUGCAAGGACAAGAUUCGCCGUCGCGCGAUUCCAUGCCGGCCGAUGAAGCCGCCGCAUUGAAGGAAAAGUUCCAGCAGCUGUACAUGGAGCUUGUAGCGACGGGGUUAAAUCCAAACGACGCCGUUGCUGAAGCGUUGACACGUUUGCACUCGUCUACCUCCGGCGCGUCCUUUACACAAGGCCCAACACUUCAUGCGCAACCAUCGCAACCACCACCACUAUCAGCACCUUCGAUACCAAACACAUCAAAUACACCAAGUAAAGUUGUUGCGCCAGUAGUGGUCACUCCUGUCACAAGCCCCACCCCAUCGCUAUCGACUGCGCUGACCCUGGCCCUCCUUCAGGCGAACGCAUUGCCCCUUCCGAGCAUGCAAUCGCUCGUGUACGACACGUUCUCCCACUCGGAGCACUUGAACAUAUCUUGCUUUCCGGGUCAUUCUCGUCAAGAAAUCCAAGAGGGCCUGGCGAUGCUUGUGUCCCAUCCGGUCCUUGCAAACACGAUGGGGAACGCCCUUCAAUCGUGGGUGAAUCAGCCGUGGACAAACAGCAAAAAGUGGACCGAAUCGUCGGAUUUGCAUCAAUUUUGGGUCAUUCUCGAGCAUCCGCUGCUGUUUGACCCCGAGUAUCGGCAAGUUGUCGGCGGGAUGGCGAAGCUCAUGUAUUAUUUGGACGAUUCAACGAAAGAGAUAGUUCGAGCGCGGUGGGCAAGCUACCCCAUCGACGACCUCCAUCGAUUGCUGGACGUGUUUCACCAGUACAUCACGCUUUCGUUGGUCGGGUCCGAGCUCAAGAUGGACAAGUUGUUUGCUGUGUGCAGCUUGAUGGGGCUUUUGCACGUCAUCAACGAAACAAGCCGUAAAUUCUGCGAUUUCACGGCAUUUUACAACGACGCGGUCAACUCGGAACUCAAUCUGCUGACGGAUUAUGCCAAAUCCGCAAUCUACUUGAAGCACUCGAGUGUCGCCGGCCCAGCCCACGAGAACCGUCCGUUGAGCGACCUCAGUUUUUGCGACUUUCCAUUCGUGCUGGACCCGGCAUCCAAGAGCCUCGUGCUGCACUUUGAUUCCGAGUAUCAGCAACGCAUCACGGUGCAGGACUCGAUUGCGAGCACCCCAAGCUUGGACGGAUUGAUGCCGUACCUCGUGCUGCGCGUCCGACGCGAGUUUGUUGUGCUAGAUGCGCUCCAGCAGCUUGUUCAAGCUUCUUCCGACCAGCUCAAGAAACCCCUUAAAGUCAAGUUUCUUGGCGAAGAAGGGGUCGACGAAGGUGGCGUCAAGAAGGAGUUUUUCCAGAUUAUCAUUCGGGAACUGCUGGAUCCGAAUUUUGGCAUGUUUUUAGCCGACAACGAGACGCACACGCUGUGGUUCAACUGCGACUCGCUCGAGUCGACGAUGGAGUUUGAGUUGAUUGGGAUUCUCCUCGGCUUGGCCAUCUACAAUGGCGUGAUCCUGGAGCUCCAUUUUCCCCGCUUGGUGUACAAAAAACUCAUGGAUCAACCGGUAACACUCGAAGACGUCGAGCUGUGCCAACCUGCAUUGGGCAAAGGCCUUCGCCAGAUGCUCGAGUUUGACGGGGACGUCGAGGCAGUGUACCAACGCGCGUUCGAAGUGUCUUACGAAGUGUUUGGCGAAGUCAAAACGGUGGACCUCGUCCCGAACGGUACAAUCGAUCGUUUUUCAUCCGCCAAAAUUGCAAUGUGUUUUUUCAGCCGCCGACGAUGGAGGCAAGUCGGUUUGGAUCGCAUCGUGUCAUGGUGAUUUGUCCAUGCCAUUUUUUCGUUGGAGUGUGUCAGAUUUUGUUGUCGAGGGUGGCGACGAUGGAUUGCACGGGUGUGCUACCUUGGCUUUGUGCGUCUCGGUACUUGAUAGAGUCGAGUGGAUUCGUUUGGAAUAUUUCGCUGAUUCGAAUCGUGCUAUUCCUUUGUCGUUUUGUCGUGAUAUGCAAUCGGUCGGGUGUUUCGACAAACCAUGUCAUUGAACAAUAGGUAAGUCCAUCAACGUGACGAACGCGAACCGCAAAGAUUACGUGGCCAAAUAUGUGCACUACGUGACCACUGAGGCGGUCGAGCGGCAGUAUGGAGCCUUUCACCGUGGAUUUCAUUUGGUCUGUGGGGGGAGCGCACUGGCAUUGUUUCGAUAUGAAGAGCUGGAGCUCCUCGUGUGUGGCUCGCCCGAUUUGGACUUUGACGCGCUCGAAGCGGUCACGCAUUACGACGACGGGUACACGGAACAAAGCGACGUGAUCAAGUAUUUUUGGACGGUCGUGCACGGGUUUUCCGUCGAGGAAAAGAAGCAACUGCUCAAGUUUUGCACUGGUAGCGAUCGCGUCCCGAUCCGAGGGUUGUCCGAAAUGACGUUUGUCAUCUCGCGCAACGGCCCCGACUCGAACAAACUGCCCACAGCCCACACUUGCUUCAAUCACUUGCUCCUGCCAGAGUACGCGAGCCAAGACAAGUUAAAAGAGCGACUCAUGGUCGCAAUCAGUCAGGCAGAAGGCUUUGGGUUGCUGUAGUGCGUGUCGCUUGCCGCUGUGGAUCGUGGCAGUCCACGAAAAAAUCGGUUUUGCCAAACGUCGUCUUUGUAUUUCUCGCCGAAC